AUGAUUUAUGUUUUUGAUCAAACUCUAGAACGGACAAGUGUCGUUGUUGUUGGGGUUGGCGUUAUCCUUCCACUCUCAAGGGUUGUACUCGAUCGGGAGGUUCUUACGACGAACCAUACCAUCUCCUUGGAACCACUCACGACGGAACUGCUUGGCGGCGCCAUCUGGGGUGUUGGUCCACUCGACGGAUCCCGGAUCCACGAUUUCACUGAAACUAACCUCUUGUCCGAAGGCGAAAGCAUCGCAAGAGACGGCGAGAAGAACAGCCUCCUUUGGGUCGAGGACUCCACAUGGUGGAUCAACUCCGAGACGCUUCAUAUUGGUGGUCUUGAUACCGUAUCCAAUACGACGGGCCGACGAGUUGAUCACUUUGAUGUGGUAGGUGUGCUUGUCGUCGUACGGAGCAUUGAAGACGAUCUUCGCAUUGGGUUGGGUUUGGAUGUCUCCUGGUGGGACGGAUUGAGCCAUGGCGUUGGUUGCUAG